AGUAAAGGCUUUCAUACGUAGGCCUUUGUUUUUAGGGAGCGAUUGGUAUAUGUGGUUGCUUGGUUAGGUUGGUUAUUUGAUGAUUUUUGUGAUUUAAUUUUCAGCAAUUGUUUGCCCUCUGGGUUUGCAAUCAUGGGGAAGUCAUUUGCUAAUUUUAUGUGUAAAAAGGAUUUUCAUCCUGCCUCGAAAUCCAACAUCAAGAAGGUGUGGAUCGCAGAGCAAAAAUUAACAUUUGAUAAGAAGAAACAAGAAGAUUUAAUGCAACAGUACCUUAAAGAACAGGACACAUACAAUAACAGAGUGCUUAUGGGCGAUGAUCGAGUGAAAAAUGGUCUCAAUUUUAUGUAUGAGGCACCACCAGGAGCAUCAAAAGAGGAGACAAAGGAGAAAGAAGGGGAGUCAGAUUGUAAAUUUGAAUGGCAGAAAGUAGCUCCUAGAGAAAAAUAUGCCAAGGAUGACAUGAACAUCAGAGAUCAACCAUUUGGUAUUCAGGUGCGGAAUGUAAGGUGUAUUAAAUGUCACAAAUGGGGACAUGUGAACACUGACAGAGAGUGUCCGCUGUUUGGUUUAUCUGGAAUCAAUGCCAGCUCAGUGGCGAAUGAUGAAGCAGGUCCGUCAAUGCACCCCUCCGAGUUAAUGGCGGAGAUGAGAAACAGUGGGUUUGCACUGAAACAAAGUGUACUGGGGAGAAACGUGACUCUUUGUGAUCCAUCACAGGAGUAUGUUGCAAGUGAAGAUGAGGAUGAUCCUGAAGUUGAAUUUUUAAAAUCGCUUACAACAAAGCAAAAAGAAAAGCUGCUCAGGAAACUUGAUCGCCUUGAAAAAAAAGGGAAGAAAAAGAGGAAACAGAAAAAGAAGAGCAAAAGCAAACGCAAGAAGCAGAAGGAAAGCAGCGAGUCUUCCUCCUCCAGCGACAGUGAAUCGGAGACACACCACAAGGACAAGAAGCACAAGAAAAAAAAGUCUACCAAUGGAAGGAAGAGAGAGAGCAGCGACGAUAGUGAUGCGGAAGAGAGGUCAAAGAGCAAAAAAAAGAAGUCAUCGACUAGUAGAGAGGAAAGGUCAAAACAGAACUCGAGAAACAAAAGCCCAAGAAAGGAGAGUAGGUCAGAAAGCAGAAGCCCCAGCAAAGACAGAAAGGAACAGAAACAGAGAAGCGGAAAUGGCAGAGAGAUGUCAAAAGAGAGGAGCAGGAGUAGAGGCAGGGAAGAGGAGGUGAGAAGCAAAGGAAAAGGAGGUAGGAUGACUGAAAAGAGAGACAGGCAUGGCAGCAGAGAGAGGACCACAGGAAAUGGAGGCCAAAGUAGAAGUCAGAGUAGAGAGAGGGGCACAGAAAGAAGGGAAAGAGUCCAGAACAGCAAAAGUAACUGUAGAGAGAGGCACAGAGAAAGAAGGGAUAGAGAACGGAGUUGCAGCAGAGAGCGGCACACUAGAAGAGAUAGAAGCACAAGUCACAGCCGAGAGAGGCAUCCCAAAAGACGGGACCGAGACAGAAAAUAGGAAUUGUAGUAGAGUAAAAACAGGAAAGAGCCCUCAAUAUGUGAAUACCACUGCAAAAAUAAGAGAGAGGGGACAUAUAUUUUGUGUCAGGGGAUAAAGACUUGAUAGAAGCAGGAAGGUAUUUGAUUUUUUUUUUUCCUCAAUACGUUGUUACAUUUAUUAGUGUAAAGGUUGAAAUUUAAUUCAAUUAUUUUGUAAAUGCUGUGUACAUUACUGGAUUUUCAAUUCUGUUUUGUACAGCUAUAUUCUGUACUCGUGCAGUUUGUAUUUGAUUGAGAAUAUUUUAUGACAUGUAAAAGUCUGUCUGUAAACAAUUGGGGUCAAAACUAUUGGAACACAACAAACCAGAGCUUGCAAUAUCCCACAUUAUUGUAUUCCAAUACCCUCUGUUUCCCAUGAACAGUGCAGGUAUUUUUUAGGAGUGCUCCUUUUCAUCAUUCUCUGAUCCAGACCCCUUGGGGGUGUGUGCUGGACUCUGAGAUUGUGCUAUCACUUCUCCGCUAUAAGUGGGUCUGUGGUGCUUGAUUUGCACAUCUGAGAAUUUUUUUUUUUUUUUUUUUUUUUUUUUUUUAUGAAUGCUUUUCUAUCUGGAGUAAAAAAUAGAGAGCAAUUCCAUGAGAGGCCGCCAGGUGGACUCUUCAAUUCAAAUUCGUUUUUUUUUUUUUUUUUUUUAAGAUUCAAGUCAUUGGUACCGUAAUUGAACUUAGACUGUUUUACACUAAAAUCCAGUAACUUUUUUUUUUUUUUUUUGUUCUCAAACGGACAGCAAUAACUUGUAGAAAAUGUGGAUGACCUUAUCGUUCCAAUGCACAAUUUAAAGUAAUAUAAACUAACAUGAUUUUUGUCUAAAUGUCAUUAAAAUAUAUUUCCUGUCUUAAUGAUUAAAAUGUGAGUCGCUCUGGGACUCUGCAGUUGUUUACAUCAAAAUAGAAAUGACGUUGGAAUCAAAAGACUAUGAUUUGUAGACAAAUAAUGAUGUUUGUGUAAAAAUACAUUUAUAUUGCAUUUUAUUAAUCACUUGGUCCAGCAUACUUCUUAUAAUUAUUAAUAAAGUAUGUUGAACACCA